UUGAGGUCUAAAAAAGUCCUGGGUGGAGGAAAAGGGCUUUUUAAGGUGGCUUACAGGAUGACUCAAUUUAGUAUUAAUGAGGUACUUUUACCAGGUUCUCAGUUUUUACAACAACUCCCGCCUGAACUGGUAGAAAUUCUGCGUACCAGCAGUUCGAAUCCAUCAGCAUGCCUCGAUGCACUAGCAAUUGCAGCAUUACACCCAAAUUAUACCAAUAAGUUGUUCGCACUGUACGAGCCAAUAUUUGUGGAUUUAGCUGCUAGAUGGCUUUACUUGGACUCCCGUGAAUAUUCUGUACAAAUUACUCUCGCAUUUUCACGAAUUUUACCUUUUGCGCCAUAUCUUCAACCAUUUGUCCAUGUCGCCUCACAGCAUCUCAAGGGCAGUGCCCUGCCCUCCUCGCCGGAAUCAAACCAGUUUCAACUCCUGAAUAUGGAAGAACAAACGCUGCAUGCGUUUCUGAUUGCUCUAUUCCGCCUACUUAGCUUUGACUUGGGCAGUUUCUCGGAUAUUCUUCCCGCCGCCCAGCUGCAGUCACUGCUCACUCAUCCCAAUCCUGUCAUUAGAUAUCUUGCAAUCCGAUGUUUUUGCUUGUAUAUGCGUGCUGCAGAUGCUGCUCUUGAGCAAAUGCUAAGCAAGUAUCAUGGUCGGGCGGCGAUCAACGGCUCGUGGGAGGACCGAAGUAUCGACUAUCGUUUCCUUAGUAUUUGGGAGGAAAAGAGAUGGACUGCAUUAAAAGAUGAACUUGAGAGCGCACGGAUAUCUCGCGAUGAUUCAGUUGUCGAGAUUUGGACGAAAGGAUUCCGAAACUCUUUUACAAGUCACACUGCUGAAAUCGGCGGAGUACUUCUACCCACAAUCCAUCCGACAAACAAUAUACGAGCGUCAACUCUGGUGGAAACACCAACAGUUCUACGCAACGUUCGCAGCGUCGGUACUGCGCUUCUCUCAAUGGACCCGGUGUUACUGGUCGGCCUGGCCGGUUCUGGGAAAACGUCACUUGUCAAUGAGGCGGCCAUUCGAAUGGGCCAGUCUUCUUCCAUGAUUACGCUUCACAUCAAUGAACAAACCGAUUCUAAAAGCUUAUUGGGGGUGUACUCAACAUCAUCCCAGGCUUACUCAUUUUCUUGGCAACCUGGCGUUUUAACGAAGGCAGCCAGGGAGGGCAGAUGGGUUUUGAUUGAAGACUUGGACCGUGCGCCUUCCGAAGUCCUUGGCCUUAUUCUCCCGCUUAUUGAGAAAAGGGAACUUAUAAUCCCGAGCAGAAAAGAACGUAUCCGUUGCGCCGAUGGCUUCAGGGUGAUUGCCACGAUGAGAUCCACGAUCAAUGCCGCUGGGAAAGAAAUUGCCCCAAGCGGCAAUAUGUUGGGCAAUAGGCUUUGGAAUCGCAUUCAAGUGGUGUCAAUGCCGUUGUCAGAAGUCAAAGAGGUUAUUAUUCAAAAGUUUCCGCUACUUUCCUCCCGGGUAGAAAUGAUCAUGAAUAUGUUCGACCGUAUCACCUCGCUAUUCAACGGUUCUUUAUCUCGAAAGUUCAUGACAGGGAGGUUGCCAACCCUUCGUGACUUGGUUAAGUUGUGCUACAGAAUAGAACGACGGCUGCGGAAUCUUGGGUGUGAAACUGGCUAUGAGGCAGUCCCAGAUGGUACUCAGGACGAAUUUUUCAUGGAUGCGGUUGACUGUUUCGCAGCCCAUUCCUCCAAAGGAUUACUUCAGUCAACGGUCACAGAAGCUAUUGCGGAAGAGAUGCAGGUAUCCCCACAGCGUAUGAAAUUCUGCCUGUCCGAACAGACUCCGAAGUAUUUGGAUUCCCCAAACUCAGUCACGAUCGGCAGAGAAUCCUGCCAGAAAAGAAAACUCCUUGGCUUGCGCAAGUCAGCCUCCUCAGCAGCCGAUCGGAGUACCUUUGCACCAACAAGGGCUUCGUUGAAGAUAAUGGAACAAGUUAUAUCAGCGUUGCAGCUCUCUGAACCCGUUCUACUUGUUGGAGAAACUGGAAUUGGCAAAACCGCAGUGAUCCAGCAGCUUGCCUCCCUUUUGCGCCAGCGGUUAACGGUGGUAAAUUUAUCGCAACAAAGUGAAAGUACGGACUUGCUAGGUGGCUUUAAGCCUGUCAAUAUUCGAUCAAUUGCUGUUCCUUUGGUGGACGAUUUCAAUUUAUUGUUCGAAUCGACUUUUUCCGCAAAAAAGAACCAGAAGUUUUUAUCGUCGGUUGCGAAAUGUCUUACCAACAGCAAUUGGGUACGUUUAGUUAAUAUCCUCAACGAGGCUGUCAAAAUGGCAUCUGGAGUUUUCGAAUCGAUGAAGAAAAAGAAAAUUGAAUUGGAGGAUGCAGGUUCUGAGCAACCCUCGAAGAAACGGAAACUGGACGAUUCAAAAUAUACCAGCCUCCGUGAGAAGUGGGAGAAUUUUACUAGGGAACUGAAAGAAUUUGAGGUCCGGGUGUCUAAAGGCGAUAGCAAGUUUGCAUUCGCGUUCGUACAAGGAAAGAUAGUCAAAGCCCUGAAGAAUGGUGAAUGGGUUUUGCUCGAUGAGAUAAAUUUAGCUUCCCCGGACACCCUAGAGAGUAUUGCCAGUCUCCUCCACUAUGGAAGCGACGGCAUUCCGUCAUUGCUUCUUUCUGAGGCUGGGGAAGUUGAACGCAUUUACGGACAUCCGAAUUUCCGAAUUUUUGGGGCUAUGAACCCGGCAACUGAUGCUGGGAAACGAGAUUUGGCUCCUGGUUUACGAUCUAGAUUUACGGAAAUAUAUGUUAAUUCACCAGAUACCGAAAUCGACGACCUUAUAACUUUGAUAGAUGCUUAUCUGGGCUCAUUGACUGUUGCUGACAAGAAAGCUUCUAUUGCCCUUGCUCGCCUUUACCUCGAUACGAAGAAGCUAAAUGCAGACAACAAACUGACAGACGGCGCUGGCCAGAAGCCACAUUUCAGCAUCAGAACUCUGGUUCGUUCUUUAAUAUAUGUGAGAAAUCAAGCGCAUAUCUACGGACUUCGACGGGCAAUGUACGAAGGAUUUUGCAUGAGCUUUUUGACAUUGCUCAGCAAAGAAUCUGAACUCCAAAUUAUCCCUCUUUUGGAUCAACAUAUAUUUGGGAGCUUGAAAAACUCCCGAUCAGUAUUAUCACAAACUCCUAAGCCUCCGAACGACGGAGCCACUUAUGUUCAAUUCAAGCAUUACUGGAUGAGGCAGGGUGCAUUUCCGAUUGAGUCCCAGUCACAUUAUAUUAUCACACCGUUCAUUGAGAGAAAUUUGAUGAAUUUAGUGAGAGCAAGUUCUACGAGACGGUUUCCGAUUUUAUUACAGGGCCCGACAUCCUCUGGCAAAACUAGUAUGGUGGAAUACCUGGCCAAAAUAUCGGGCAACCGAUUUGUCCGAAUUAACAACCAUGAACACACCGACCUCCAAGAGUAUUUAGGAUCAUACGUAUCCGGCGAAGAUGGCAGCUUGCGAUAUCAAGAAGGAAUACUGGUUGAAGCCCUGAGGAAUGGCUACUGGAUUGUGCUAGAUGAGCUUAAUCUAGCACCGACCGAUGUCCUGGAAGCUCUCAACCGCCUGCUUGAUGACAAUAGAGAAUUGUUCUUGCCUGAAUCGCAGGAAGUCGUCCACCCACAUCCCAACUUUAUGCUGUUCGCUACACAAAAUCCCGCUGGUCUCUACGGUGGUCGAAAGGUGCUUUCCCGCGCGUUCCGAAAUCGAUUCCUUGAACUCCAUUUUGAUGACAUUCCCGAGGACGAACUUGAAUUCAUUCUCAAGGAACGAUCGCAAAUUCCUCCAUCAUUCUGUGCAAGAAUAGUGGCGGUAUAUCGAAAACUUUCACUUCUACGACAAUCAAGUCGCUUGUUCGAGCAGCGAAACAGCUUUGCUACUCUACGUGAUCUCUUUCGAUGGGCCCAACGCCGUGCUGAUGAUCGCGAACAACUGGCUGUCAAUGGUUUUAUGCUUUUGGCAGAAAGGGUAAGGAAUCCACAGGAAAGGGCAGCUGUAAAGGAGGUAGUCGAGGAGGUUAUGAGGGUGAAGCUUGAUGAAACUACCAUUUAUAGUUCUACCCGACUGGAUGCUCGACUCCAACAGCUCUCAGCUACUGCCCCAACUGGUAUAAUAUGGACACAGGCGAUGAGGAGGGUAUUCAUACUUGUUUCACAGGCUAUUGAACAUAAUGAACCUGUCCUGCUUGUUGGAGAAACCGGAUGCGGCAAAACACAAAUAUGCCAGGCUAUUGCAGAAAUAUAUGGAAAGGAACUCUUCACCAUAAACGCUCAUGUUAACCUCGAGACGGGAGAUAUCAUUGGUGCACAGAGGCCGUUGAGAAAUAGAUCCGCAAUCGAAGGACAGCUUUUAGCGGAUCUAUCAUCAGUCUUGAAUUCCAUUGAUACAUACGAUGAAAGCAGUGAUAGCUCUAUCGACGAGCUAACACGAGCAUUUUCUGCAUUACAGACCGAGGCACUGGACAUGUGCGAGCCAGGUUUGGUGAAUCGUAUAAGGGAGAAUAUGACAAGAGCGAAGGCACUUUUCGAAUGGUCCAACGGUAGUCUCAUAACGGCAAUGGAAACCGGGCAACAUUUUCUUCUAGACGAAAUUUCACUUGCAGACGACUCCGUUUUGGAACGCCUAAACAGCGUUCUUGAAUCCCACAGGUCUUUACUCCUUGCAGAAAAAGGCCCUAUCGAUUCCUUAGUGGUCGCAAGGGAUGGUUUCCAGUUUUUGGCAACCAUGAACCCAGGAGGGGACUACGGAAAAAGAGAACUCUCUGCUGCGCUCCGGAACCGGCUUACCGAAAUUUGGGUACCUCAGCUUUCCGAAGCUGAAGAUAUCCUUCCCAUCUUGUCUGCAAAACUCUUAUCGCCUAUCUCGAAUGCCCCAAGUUCAAUGUUAACGUUCGCAAAAUGGUUCAAAGAAACUUUCCAGGCAACCUCCUCUGGAUCAAUAUCCAUUCGCGAUUUGUUGGCAUGGGUUGACUUUGUAAAUCAAUGCAAAGAGCUCGAUGACGUUACUGCGAUGGUCCAUGGCGCGGCUCUAGUAUACAUCGAUACACUGGGCGCCAACCCUUCCGCUAUGCUUGCUUCAGGUGCCUCAAAUCUCAAACACGACCGCGUCAAAUGUCUCGAGAGAUUAGGUAAAAUUUUUGGUUUCGAUGCCGCCUCUAUCUAUUAUCAAGCAGCUACUAUAUCUAUGGAAGAAAAUAUUAUGAGAAUUGGACCAUUCGUUCUAGAGAUGAACACCCAUUCAGAGAAUGAUCCCACAUUUUCUAUGGACGCACCGACUACAAUUGCUAACACUCUGAGAAUUGCCCGCGGCCUUCAGUCAGCAAAGCCGAUUCUGCUUGAGGGUAGCCCUGGUGUUGGCAAAACCACCCUCGUUGCCGCUUUGGCACAAUCUCUUGGAAAACCCCUUACCCGAAUCAAUCUUUCCGACCAGACUGAUUUAACAGAUUUGUUUGGAUCAGAUGUCCCUGUUGAAGGCGGCGAUAUGGGAAAUUUCUCUUGGAGUGAUGCACCCUUUUUACGCGCUAUGCAAACUGGCGGCUGGGUUCUUCUAGACGAGAUGAAUCUUGCGUCUCAGUCCGUGCUGGAAGGUUUGAAUUCCUGUCUAGACCACCGUCAACAAGUUUAUGUUGCCGAGUUAGACCAAACGUUUAAACGCCACCCCAACUUUGUUUUAUUCGCAGCGCAAAAUCCUCAUCACCAAGGGGGUGGAAGAAAAGGACUCCCUGCCUCGUUCGUGAACCGGUUUACAGUUGUUUAUGCUGACUCGUUUAGCGAUAACGACUUGAAAAUGAUCUGUCAAAGGUUGUCUCCUCUUGCUCCUGAAAAAGAAAUCCAACAGCUAGUGGAAUUUGUCUCUUCACUGAAUUUCAAAGUAACGAACGAACGACGCCUGGGAACUGUCGGAGGUCCCUGGGAAAUAAAUUUACGGGAUAUCUCAAGGUGGCUCAAACUUCUUGAAUCCACUCCAAUCCGAGUUUCACCUUCUCAAUUCCUCGAUGUUGUGAUUAGCCAAAGGUUUCGCACACCUAGUGAUAGAACCCUCGUUGCGUCGCUGUAUGAGGACGUGUUCGGAUCGACUCCGGAGAUCAAAAGCUAUUUCCAUAACCUAAGCGUGUCACAAUACCAGGUCGGCCUUGGUGUACUUCAACGCGAUCCUCUGAUGCAAUAUUUCAAUGAUCCUCACAUGAAGAUACUUGCCGGCGAUCUACCGAUUAUGGAAUCAUUGAUACUGUGUAUAGAGCAGGGGUGGCCAAGUAUCCUUGUUGGCGCAUCAGGAUGUGGGAAGACAGCCAUUUUACGGAAGCUUGCCGCUUUCAGUGGCUCUAAAGUUGUCGAAUUGGCUCUAAACGCGGAUACUGAUACGAUGGAUCUCAUCGGUGGCUUUGAGCAGGUAGAUAAUGACCGCCAUCUGCUAAGUUUUAUGGACGAGCUAUGCCAAUUUCUACAAGCUCAGAUUGUCUCCACGCAUACUGCCACUAAGCAGACCGAUGUGGAUAGUGAGCUCGUACAGCUUUACCAAACAGUCAAAAGCAGAACACCCGAGCUUGAAACUAUUUCGGACGCACUACACAGAAUUUCGCUCAAGGAAUUACAUCCAAACUUCACGGAAUUUUACCAGCGCUCGAAAACAUUGCUCAAGUCGUCUUCUGGUGGCAAAACAAUUGGCUUCGAAUGGACUGAGGGCAUAUUUAUUCAAUCAGUACAGAAAGGCGAUUGGGUGGUCCUUGACAAUGCCAACCUUUGCAAUUCCUCUGUUUUGGAUAGACUAAAUUCACUUAUGGAACCGAACGGGUGCUUAGUUAUCAAUGAGCAAAGAACUGGAGAUGGUACUGCAAAAGUGGUGAAACCGCACCCGAAUUUUCGACUCUUUCUCACUAUGGAUCCUCGUUAUGGGGAGCUGUCGCGAGCAAUGAGGAAUCGGGCUAUCGAAAUAUGUUUCCCGCCAAGGGCCGACGAAGCUAUGCCUAAAGCUGGAGGAAUAUUUUAUACCUCGGAAUCGUUAAUUUACCGAAUUCGCUGGGGUCAAGAUCUCUCAUGCUAUCGAAAGGAAUCGGACAGGCUACAGGAUGAAUUAGAAGUGUCUCUUGAUCACUUGGCCCCGCACGAUUUUCGCAGCCUGCAGCAAUCGUCGGCCACUUCUAUCGACAUAUGGACCACGAAUAGUGCCGCUGAUACGAAGCGUUCAACAGCUAUUUACCAGACGUUUGAUCGCUAUCACGCUUUUUUGCACCAUGAUACCCUUCCUCCUUUGAAGGAUAUUCUAUGCAAUGGAAGUUGGAACGAACAGAAAUUUUCGAGCUUUCGCCGGAGUGUCGAGCCACUACAUCCAUUGAUCAAUGAGCCCCGAAUUGUGGCCUGCAUCGUUCCAGAAUCACGAGCUCUUUUAGCAAAAUUAACAAAACUCCAAGAGAUACAAUUUAAUGUUUGGCAUUUCCACCAAGUCUUGUCUCAAGUUCGUGGCUCCGUUUCAAACAAAAAGCCCUCUGAAAUGAACAGGCUGGAAAGGUCGAUGGCUUCGAAUACGAUUCCAGCACUUAUGAAAGAAUCAACCCAGCCGGUUGCUUUGUAUCUUUCCAACUGUAUUCAGGCUUUGAGCGAGACCAUUCAGAACAUUGAUGCCGAGCUGUUAUGUUCCGUUGAUGUGUGUGCUAUGGUCAGCUCCAUAUUAGAGUUGUGCUGGGACAUUUUCAAUGUCGUGCAAGCGAAUGACUUUGACGAGGGGGUAUUUCAAACAUACUUGCAAAUCGGGCAAUCUCUUUACUCUCGCUUUAAGGAUGUUCAGCUUGAUCUUGUUAGGGUCCUGUUUGAAUCACUUAAUAAUUUCCGUGCCAACUGGGGCCUGACAACCGGUCAGAGCAUGCAGAGGAUGUGGGAUCGCUGGAGACCAGCAACGCCAAUUGAUCCCGCUCAUUUGAAGUCAAUGGUCGAUUUGCAGUAUGUUGCUGCCCAGUUUGAUCAGAUUACUUUGAAGACAAAUUUGCCCUUUACGCAACUCAACCAAUUCCGCCACUCGCUAGUCCAGGCGCAGAUUUCAAUGCUACAAGGCGCGGACCCAGGUGGUCUGAUUCAGGAUCUUCAACAUGUGAUCGAUGACUUUGAAACCCGCAUGCUGGAUUCCGACUCAGUAUCAGCUCCCUACUUUUCCAUGGAGUUUGAAGCACUCUCGCAGUAUCGUGAUUUUAUCGACAUCAGAAAACUGGAUACUGCUACUACAAAUUCUGCCCUCUCUAACGUAUUACAGCUGCUCGCAGGACGCCCAGCUUCUCCGCAUGAUAUGUCAACUUUGGAAAACCCUGUUCCUGAGCUCCUGUCAAGAAUUUCACGUUUCUCAGGUUUCCAAAACAUGUCACGCAAACCAUUGGCACUCCGUGGAACUAUUUCACUAUCACUGAUAGUGAAACUAGGGUCUCUUGGAAAUGUGCCCUUGAAGGGAAUGAACCUCCUUCACUCUGAACUUGACCUCAUUGCAAACGGCUUAUGCUCAAGCACCGGCCAAAUCGCGCAUAAUCAGUUUGAUAUCCUCCAGAGCCGGCUGGGCGAGCUUCUCCGAGAGCUUUUACAUUGCCAUGAAGAUUUGAUCGAUCCCACGUCGCUCGCAAGUGCUGUAUCCUACCUAGGCUCACUGGGUCGUGAGUCGCCCAGCGGAUAUUCUAAGAUCCAAACACUACGACUUAAUUUACGAGAUAAUUCCGAAAAACAUCACUAUUUCAAUGAAUUUGCAUCGAGAUCAUUCAAUAAAAUCUUGUCCUCUUUGGUUGGCGGUGAAAACGGGGCCGCUAAGUACCUUCAACUAGGAGCCGCUUGUAUCCACCUUGCUAUGGCAUGUCUCCAACUCUUUGUCCCAAACAAACCUUUCGACCCGUCGCUUGGAUUAGUUGUUCAACAACAACAAUACACGCAACGCGUCCAGGAGAAAACCAGAAAGCUUGACGCAUUAAAAACAUUUGAAUUGUCCUUCUCUGGACAAGAAUCGAGUUUACGUAUUCGGAUGAUUAACGGCGAGCUCCAGCUACUGGGUGCUGUGCCCCCUUCACCCCCGGUUAUUCGACCCAAACCUUCCCAGUCUGGCGAAUUGCAGGGAGAAUUUGCCAACAUUCUAAAUUCAGUUCUCAGCUCGAAUCCUGAUGUUAUUCUUCGUUCCCUCCAGGAUUCAGGUAGCUCGGACUCUGGCAAUGCUGUCAACCAACAAGGUAAACUUUUGCAAAAAAAUAUCCAGCAAAUAUGUCUUCGCCUCACCACAAAUUAUAAGGCAUACGGCGAUGUUGUCAUUCCCAUCGUCCGCUUCCUGGAGAUUCUGCAUCUCGGGGUAGAACUGGUUCAGUGUGCUGAGCAUCGUUCCCAUUUGGGUCAAAGUUUCAUGCAGGCUAUGGGGCAGGUUACACCAUUAAUGAGCGCCAGAAGAGUCUCUCUUGUCGAACUGCAGCAGCCGUCCUCUCGGUUGUCUAACGCAGAGAAGAUAGACCUCGGGUUGCAACGGCUCUCUGUCCUACGGGUUUUCCAAAAUACGGACCCUGAAACUCUUUCAGCUGCUGAAAAUCGCCAGCUUCUCCGUGAUAUCUUCGAGGACUUUUCCAUUCUCUGGAAACAGCAGCUGGAGGUUGAUCAAAAUAAGCACUCCCAAAAGUCGAGCCUAUACCGUUAUCGAGGAUCGUUCGAAGGUGAUCAGGAAGUAGAUGCUGAUGAGUUUUCUCAACUUUUCCCUACGUUUGACGGCCCGAUUGAGAAUGAUCUUGAAAGUCGAACAUUGCCACAGCUUGAUGUCAAAACUAUUUCCAUGCAGCUUUCCAGUGUACUCGAUAAUUUGUUCUCCCGCCUCGAUAAGGAGUCAACACUGAAGAAAUUGCUGGUAGACUCCACGAAACUACUUGGUUCGAACAUUGCAAAACACCUAGGAGACAUCCCAACGGCGGACCCCAAAUCACACCUGCUCGGAGCAAUUCUAUUUCUAGACGAGGUAAAAACUUCUAAGCAACCAACGUCUUACAAUUUCUAUUCAGAUCCAAACUUGGUAGAGGUGAAGAAACUCGCAGAUUUGGUUGCAGCUAUCCGUGUGCGUUUCAAAGAACUUCAAAAUUCAUGGCCCGAGCACUCUACUCUUUCAGAUGUUAUUCACUGUUGCUCCGAGAUCUUCCAAUUCAGACACCAAGAACCGCUUGCUAAAUUUAUAACCAAGGCGGAGAAACUUCAUUCAUUUAUUUAUGAGUGGCAGACUGUCGCAAGUAAAGCAUUCUCUGCCGCUCAAUGCUACGACAAUUUAACAGCCCUUCUCAUAAAUUGGCGGCGCAUUGAAUUAUCCACUUGGGCUCGCCUUUUGGACAUAGAAGAUGAGAAAUGCAGCGAGGAUGCGAGUGCAUGGUGGUUUGUUGCGUAUGAUGUGAUAAUUGCGGCCCCAUUACGGCUAGUACAAGACGGACAGCCAUUAACUGAACACUCCGUUGAACUGAUCGCUACCCUCGAGAGAUUCAUUUGCUCCACCCCAAUGGGUCAAUACAAGUUUAGGCUGCAACUUGUUGCAAAAUUCAAAAUGCUACUGCAUCUCUAUGCUACGGACUUCCCCCCUCUAGAACAACUAAGUGGUGCGAUUGACAACCUACUUCACCACUACCUCCCGUUUGUGUCUAUUUUUGAAAAAUCACUUGGUGACGGCAGACAAGCACUGGAACGCGACAUCCAGCAAACUAUUCAGCUGGCAAGCUGGAAGGACGUUAACAUCACUGCUCUCAGAGAGAGUGCACGUCGUUCUCAUAACAAAUUGUUCAGGGUUGUGAAAAAGUAUCGCAGUCUUCUAGGGCAAUCCUCGGAAGGCCUGUUCAUGAAGGGACUCUCCUGCCCUCCGGAUACAAUAGAAUCAUUGCCGGAUAAAUGUAUCGCACUACCCGAUCGUGUUUCCUCCACUGCCCUCCGCGUAUGCCGUGAAAAUGUUCACGCAUGGGGCCAGCGACCCAUUCGAUUUACGGACCCGGAUGGCGCAGUCAAGAGCAUGCAACGUGUGUAUGAGAACUCUCUAACAGGAUUAUUGGCCCACGAGGAGCUCGAUGCGUUCAUGCGCGACAUAAUUGACACCAUCGCCGAAUUUAAAUCCCGAACCCCAAAGACCCUAACCGAAGAUAACCAGCACGAUGUUCAGCAUCUCAAAGGCCAAAAGCGGCGGUUCUAUGCAGAAAAACUCAAAGACCUUCGCUUCAUGGGCAUCCGUUCUAAUGUUGGGACUACCAUUCUUGAAAGUCAACAAUCUGUCGCUGCGGUCCUUUCAACGACACGCCCUCUCACGGCGCAUGUUGAUUCUGUCCAUAUUAAGAGCGCAGACUCUUACUUUCAUCGAUUUUUGGAUUUGGUGCCUCGUGUCCGCAUUUCCUCGCACGAGUACUCUGAAGACCUUAGCAAUGUUGAGGUUGCUAGAAGCGCGGGAUUUAUUGAAGGUCUUCUUCAUUGGGCAUUGAAACAAAGGGAAACUCUAUCAUGGAGGAUGGAUAACUUUAUUGCUCUCGAAUCCACGAUGCAACAAAUGAGGAAUGUAUCUGAUCUUAGUAGCUCCCUGUUGUACAGUAACAGCUAUCUCCCAUCCAGCCGUCGUGAUCUCCGAGGAACGCUUCGGUGGCUUUCCACUAUCCUUGGUGUCUGUGGUUCAACUCUUCAAAUCCACCGAAAUUUUGCCGGAAUUGAUUCGUCGGAAGUGCUAGGGGCAUUGGAUGAUUGGAAAACCCGCUUGAACACGCUACUUAUCUCAAUCGAAAAUCUAAAAACUCUACCUCCAGGAUUAUCUACUAGCACUCACGAAAAUCUAUUUUCGAGCGUUCAGACGUUGGUUUCAGAUAUACGAUCCGAUGUACUAAAACGGAUUGAUGAGCAUCCUGAGUUGACCUUCGCUCUGGAACAGAUACUUCCAUGGACUGAAUUAUGCACAAAAUCAAGCAUGCCAGAAACCAAUGGCCAAAUCAGAAUUUCACUACAGGAGUUUGACUCGGCCCUCUUGACAACGAUGGACAAAAUUUUUGUUGUGAUGCAAAAAUUAAGUUCCUCACUGUCCACAGCUCCUUCUUCAAAGGAUACCCCAGCCUGGUUGGUAAAAACUGAACAAGUUAUAUCAAAAGCGUGUGCAGAGCUACACAUGGUCGAUAUCGCUGGUGCUAUCAACUCUGUGCUAGCCCAGAUUCAGCACAUUUCCACGACGGAUUCGACUUCGCUUACUGUUGUUGGCGCCGCCAUAUCAGUAGUACUGCCAAUCGCGGAACAAUACAAAUCGAUUUGUACUGAUGUCCUUCACCGGUAUUCUGCGCUACAUCGAGAGAUGUGCAAGAUGUCAUAUCUCUUAGCAAAGUCGUUUAACCAGAUUGCGUCGGAAGGUUUCUGUACUCCGCUUGAGAGCUCUGGAGAGCAGGGGAAAUCUGACAAGCUGGAAAGUGGGACUGGGCUAGGCGAUGGGGAAGGCGCUGAGGAUAUUAGCAAAGAUGUUCAAGAUGAUGAAGAUUUGUCCGACCUAGCCCAGGAAAAGCAACAAAUGGAUGGAGACAAAGAGGACAAGGAGGGGGAAGACGAUGCUGUCAAUAUGGACCAUGAGGAUCUUGAGGCAGACAGAAGUGAUUUUGAGGAUGAGAAGGAUGCGGAAGACGGAAAGGGCUCAGACCAAGAAGAGGAAGAAGAUAUGGACAUUGAUGAGGAAACUGGCAGUGUUGAUGGACUAGACGCUUCCGCAGUUGAUGAAAAAAUGUGGGAUGGGACCAAUGAUCAAGAACAGAAAGAUACGGAAAACGAACAAGGAAAAGGGGAGCCAGAAUCGGAGGAUAAAACAGCUGCGCCCACUGAAAAGAAUGAAAAGGUAGACCAAGAUAAAGAUGGAGAGGAAAGCGAAAACGAGGGAUCCGAGCCUCCUGAUCAUGAAGGAGAAGCUGUUGGUAGGGAAGACAUGGAUACAACCGAUCCACAUGCAAAAGAAGAACCAGUUCUCGAUCUACCCGAAGACAUGGAGCUAGAUGGCCAAGAUGACAAAGAUAAAGAGGGAUCCGAUCUGGAUGAUGAUCUUGGCGGUUUGUCAGACGAUAAUAAUAGCAUCUGGGAAGGCGAGCCAGAUGCUCCGGAACAACCCAAUGAUGAUCUGGACCUGGAUUCUCAACAUCAAGUCGAAGAUGAAGCCGAAACAGCAGAAGAAGCAACAGAAGAAGUUGUCAACGGGCAAGAAGACGCCGAAGGUCCCAAAGAGGAGCCAGAGACUGAGACAGCAGAAGAAGAAGAGGAGGAGAGAGAGGGACUCUUGGAAAUGGAGAGGACAGAUAACCAAGCAGAUUCGGAAAAUAUUGCUCCAAGUGAGGAAGUUUCUGGUGGUCUAGGAGUCGACCAAGAUCAAAAUCGAGAGAAAGGGGACUCUGGCGAAGCAACUCAAGAACAAGGCUCCAAGGACCAGGCUGACGAGCAAAAGCCUCAGACAGGCAGUGCUGACCAGGGUGAAGACGGGAAAGAAGCAACAAACGCAUCUGGUGGUCGAGACGACGGCAAACUAGAAGACUCCCAAACACAAGCUUUCAAAAAGCUUGGCGAUAUUCUCGAGCAAUGGCACCGCCGUCAACGUCAAAUCAAGGAGACCUCUGACAACCAAGACACUUCCCAGAAUGAAAAUCAGGAUGCCAACAUGGAAGAUGCGGACUUCGAGCAUCUCGCAGACGAUCAGGAUGUCGCAGAUACUCAAGCACUUGGCCAGGCAAACGAAGAGCAAGCCAAGAGCCUUGAUCAAAGCAACGCUGUCGAAUCCGAUAUAAAGCCAGAAGAAGGAGAAUUCCUUCCAGAUGCCGGAGAGCCUCAGAAUCUUCCUGCAGAACAGUCUUUGGAAGAUCAAAUGGAUUUGGACCAGAAACCCGAUCUGCCGGAGAACAGUAAUACAUCAAGAUCAUUUGUUGCUGGUGAUAGAAGCAUGGAAACUGAACCUACAAAUCAAAAUGGACAAAAAGAGGAGUCUCGAGAAAUGGAAGACAUGGAUACUCAUCUGUUGGCCUUGCAUGUCACUUCGGAAUUGGCUCCAUUGAGUUCUCCAGAGGAAGCCCGGCGACUAUGGUCUCACUAUGAGUCAAUUACCCACGAUCUCUCGCUCUCGCUGACUGAACAACUACGCUUGAUUCUCGCACCCACUCUGGCAACCAAACUGCGAGGAGACUUUAGAACCGGAAAACGACUCAAUAUCAAGCGCAUCAUUCCGUACAUCGCAUCCCAAUAUAAACGAGAUAAGAUCUGGAUGCGACGAUCUGUCCCUUCAAAGAGAAGUUACCAAAUCAUGAUUGCAGUUGAUGAUAGUAAAUCAAUGCUUGAGAGCGGCAGCGGGCAACUAGCUUUCGAGACGCUCGCUCUUGUUGCAAAAAGCCUAAGCAUGCUAGAGGCAGGGGAUCUCUGCGUUGUCAGUUUCGGAGAUGAGGACCACGUCCGUGUGGCUCAUGAAUUUGGAAAACCUUUCUCGUCUGAAGCAGGUGUCCAAAUCUUCCAGCAGUUCAGCUACAAACAGACUGGCACAAAUGUACGGAAACUUAUCUCCGACUCGAUUGCUCUGUUUAGGGAGGCGAAGGCGAAACGCUCUCGUUCGAGUGGGAGCGGAGAUCUUUGGCAGCUGGAACUCAUCAUAUCGGAUGGAAUCUGUGAAGACCAUGAGACCAUUCGCCGGUUAGUUCGACAAGCGCAAGAGGAGCGAAUCAUGAUAGUCUUCAUCAUCGUCGAUGCAGUGAAGGGGAACUCGAUUCUCGAUCUGACGCAGGCGAGUUUCGAACCUGACGGGUCGGGGACAGGAGAGAUGAAGUUGAAAAUGAAACGAUAUCUUGAAGGAUUUCCAUUUGCAUAUUAUCUGGUUGUUAGGGAUGUUCAGGAGUUACCAGCAAUUUUGAGUUUGGCGUUAAAACAAUGGUUUGCGGAAGUUGUCGACGUUGCCGCAUAGAAUUUUCGACUGUACCGUUUCAUUUCUACUAUUAGGCCAGGGCAUGUUUUUUUUUGUUUUUUUGUUUUUUUGUGUUGAUGCAUGUAUAUGUUCUGUUGGAUUUGUAGAUAUACCUCUUGUGCAUACUUAAAAUAGGCCAUUUCCU